AUGAGCACAACGCACCUAAAUCUGCCGACCAAAUCUUGUCAUAAUUGCCGAAAGCGACGUUGGAGAUGCGAUCGGUCUCUACCAAGCUGCCAGAAAUGUCUAUCAGCAGGAACCGAAUGCCUGGGUUAUGGGAAGUUGUUUGUAUGGAACCGCGGUGUCGCCAGUCGCGGCAAGAUGAUGGGAAAAUGCUACGAGGAAAAGAUGGAGCAGCACCACAUGGCACACGCAAAUCCGCCUGAAGCAUCAGCCAAGGCCCAGGGCAUGUCGGCCUUGGUAUGGGACAACCAGGGCCCUUCUCAGCAACAAGACGAGCAGCAACAAAUGUCACCAAUAUCGGGGUCUAGUCAUGAGCUAGUUUCCGGACAUUCGGUAAUAGACGAUUACCGAAUGUCCAUACAAGGACGGCAGAUGGAUUCGGGCAACGAACGGGAGAUGAUUUCGGAUGUUCAUCGAGCAUUGACAGACCCUCUGCUCAAUGAUCUUGACCGAAACUCACGAUACUAUCUCUAUCAUUUCGCAACUCAGCUGUGUGAGGUCAUGGUCGUCUACGAUGGGCCUGGCCAGAACCCUAUUCGUGAUCUCAUACCGGCAACAUCUGCCUAUCCGUUGCUUUUGCAGAUCAUUGUCGCCAAUUCCGCCUUCCAUAGUCCAACUGUCAUGGCCUAUUACCAAGCUGUAAGCCGUUUUGGGGGCCCGCUCAAAUCCUCUUACCGAGAUUCUCUUGUAGCAAAACAGCAGGCGCUGUCGUUGCUUGCAAAGAGCAUCACCUCCGUGAACACUGCUAAUAUUGAUUUUAUACUGAUGACGAUCUUAUUGUUCGUCAACUACGCCCUUGUAGAAUCCGGUCGAGAUAAAUGGAAAGUCCACAUGGACGGUGCUCUCAAGCUCAUCCAGCUACUCGGCAAGCCGCCGUAUUUUCAACGCCCGAUGAGCAGACUUCGCCAAACUAUACUUUCAGACCUCUUGGUAUUUCACAUUCUUGGUUCAACUUUCAGCUUCACGACGCUGCCUGCACUAAUUCCAGACACGAUUGAACUUGACCCUAUCCUCCGUUACGCCGAGACGAACAACUAUCUCUCUUGCCCCGGGCCGCUACUUCGUAUCAUGUUGGAGUCUUUUGCGCUACCAGACUCUCACGGUUCCCCUUCCGGAACCAAUACCCCCAUUUACAUUGAGGAGCAGGUGGGUGUCUUGCUGCGGCGUGCCCUUGAAUUUGACCCAAUUGUAUGGUCAUCUGAUUUUGUACCUGCAUCACCCUUCGAAGACAUUCAACAACGUAUCCGCAUCGCCUCUGCGCAUCGUUCGGCCGUUUGUAUCUAUCUCGCACGUGUCUUGCCCUCUACAAAUCCUCUUCUCGACCCAACAAGCGGUACCGCUAUUGUCAGUCUUACAGCUUUGGCCGACGACGUGGUUCAUCACAUUUCGCACCUGAAGCCGGGAGAUGCACUGUUCAAGUCAAUCUGUUGGCCGUUGUUCUUGGCUGGCGCAGAGUCAGAAGACUCUGCCCAACGCGAGUGGAUCAUGAACACCCUUGACGAGCUAUAUGGUCUCAUGUUCUGGGGCUACCUGCGUACAUCCAAGCGCGUGCUGGAAGCGAUAUGGAAGUUCAAAGAUGAAGCCGGGCCUGGUUCAGGGAACUGCUGGGUGGAACAGCUUAAAGACUUUGGUCACGAUAUUUUAAUUGCCUGA